UUCGUCUCCUCCGGUCACCACUCUCUAAUCCUCUUCCCACCAUACCCCAUUUUCGAAGUUGCCAACCGGAUUCGAUCCUUGAAUCUCCAUUCUUCUUCGGUCACCACUCUCUAAUUCUCUUCCCACCAGAUCCAAUUUCAAACUUUUCGACGGAAGUUCUCAACCGGAUUUCGGCACUUGAAUCUGCAAAUCUGAAAGUGAGCGGGAAGAUGAAUCAAGAAGGUAUGUAUUUUCAAUCAGCUAAUCUAGUUGCUUCUCCAUUGUAUCCAAACUCAGUAGCUUGGUCUGAUGAGAAUCUGGUUGCUAUUGCAUCUGGACAUCUUGUAACAAUUUUGAAUCCAUCACGACUUAAUGGAGCUCGAGGACUUAUUACAAUUCCUGCAAGGUGCUUGCUUGCUGUUUGCACUGCACAAGGUCGUGUAAAGCUUUACCGCUCGCCGUAUUCGGAGUUUUGUGCUGAGUGGAUAGAGGUUAAAGACAUUUCUGACUUGUUGUUUGAUUAUCUGGUAAGUAUCAACUUUGGAGAGGAGGAACAAGCAGUUGAAAAUGAAUUAGUGAUGGAAUGUUGGAAUGAUCCACAGAACUCUGCGGUCAGUAAGAAGCGGAAGCGGAAAAUUACUGGUGCAGCAGAUUUGGGUAAUCAACUUUCAAUUGAUCUAAUGAAGCAGGAUGAGAAGCUGUUUACUACAUGCACAGAGUUGGCCUGCUUCCCGUGCUCCUUACUCAAGAAGGGAUCAACUGUAGAGGUUCUUGAACAGAAUGGGGAUCAGCGUAUUUGGGUUGGCGGUGUAAUAAAGCGUGUGGUAAAAGCAAAAGCUCUUGUUUUGUUUCGGGAAAAAAUGAAUGGAAAACAAGAGGAAUGGGUAGAACUGAACGGUGAACGUAAUCAUAGUGUUGUCAUUGGUGAUACACCUCAUAAGAAUACUUCCUCGCUCAGAAUUCGUCCCUCUAUGGAUGUUGGUAAUCUUCCAGAAGAAAUAGCUCUAGUAGAAAGUAAUGAAGUGGACGGAAUUCUCAGUAUUGGGAAAAAUGUAGAAGCUUGGACAAAUGAGAGGUGGGUGGAGGGUUUAUUUAUGGGAUUUAAUGGCAAUAACCUGACAGUGCAACUUUUGGGUUUAUCAGACUGCAUUGAGUUAAACACUAUGUCAGUUAGAUUGGCACCGGUAUGGAAUGGUGAAGUAAAAUCAUGGCAACUUACUGUUGUCAAGAUUGAGUCAAGUAAUCAGAAGUUGUUGCAGAUAGUUGAGGUGCAACCUCAAAAGGUCACUGAGAAGCCUCUCAAGAGUACACGAGGGAGUGGCACUCGUCCAUUGUUAAGUGCAGAGAAAUAUGCUUCUCGCAGUUCAAUGUUGUCAUCUGUUAUUGUUGCCUGGUCGCCAACCCUGUAUCCAUCCAAUGACUGUGCAAUACUUGCAGUUGGAGGGAAGAUUGGUAAAAUUUCUUUCUGGAGAAUCCAUGAACCUCAUUGCUAUUCUGUUGAGCAAAGUAUGGAUUCUGUUGAUGCCGUCCUUGUUGGACUCAUUCAGGCUCAUAAUACAUGGAUCACCGCAAUCUGCUGGGAAUUUUCUGCUAAAGCUUUAGAAUAUCCGGUCCUUUUAGUUACUGGGAGUUCUGAUGGAAGUGUAAAAAUUUGGCUGGGUGACAAAGCGAUGCUCGCUUCUUCAGAUGUCAAUUCUGCUCCAUUUUCCUUGCUAUAUGAGGUAAAGGCAGCUGCUCCUUCUCCAGUAUCAAUUCUUUCAUUGACUGUACCUUCAAGGUCCCAAGACAAGAUUUCAUUAGCAGUUGGAAGAGGCUCUGGAUUAUUGGAUUUGUGGAUCUGUGACACAACUAAUUGCGAAUUUCAAUUUGCUGGCUCUUAUGAGGCACAUGGUCAAGUGGUAACAGGUCUAGCUUGGGCGUUUGAUGGCUGUUGUUUGUAUAGCUGUGGUCAGGACAACACUAUAUGUUGCUGGAUUUUACAUGAUUCCACUCUCCAUAUCGCUCCAAUUCCUUCAAAUACUCUUGGUCCUUGGCCUUCUACUGAUCUUCCUCACGUGUCUGAUUCGUGCUUUGGGUUAGCAGUUUCCCCUGGAAACUUGGUGGCUGUUGUGGCUCGUGGCUUUGAUACUGAUCUUUUGAAUCCAAUGUAUCAGGCAAGGACUCAGAAGGCGGCUGUCGAAUUCUUCUGGGUUGGUGGACAGCACCAUGAAAUUUCAUCUGAUGCAAAUGAAGCAUUCGAAAUCGAACCUUAUCCUGGUCUGGCACAGAGGGAAAUGAUGUUAUGGGAGUCCAACAUAUUAUCAUCUCUCAAUCAGUAUGAUAACCUAGAUAAACCAUUAGUUCUUUGGGAUGUCAUAACAGCAUUAUCAGCUCUAAAGAAGUCCGCACCAAAAUUUGUAGAAAAGAUUCUAGCAAAAUGGUUGUCAAGUUGGCUUUUAGACUCCAAUCUUGACUUUCCGAUUGACGAGAUCUUGUCACAUGCCCGGGAUUCUUUAUCUAAAAUUCAGUCCCGCAAGAUUCACCUCCUCAACGUUUUCUGCCGGAAAUUGAUGCUAUCUGAACUGAAGGCGGAUACUCUUAAUAAACAGGAUGGGUUAGAAGAGUUGGGUAUUGCUGAAAAUGAGAACCUUAAGCCGUGGUUUCACUUGCUUACUAGCAAUGAACGACAAUUAAGAGAAAGGCUUGUCACGUUUAGUUUGGCAACUGUGCUAAGUCUUGCUUCUUCGUCCUCCACAAAUAAUUCCAAAAUUAAAUAUUGGGAGCCACAUGGAAUUGCACAGAUGGAGCAAUGGGUAACAAUCAAUCAGGAACAGAUACAUCUUGCAUCUGAAGUAAACAAGCUGAACAAGAGCAAGCUCCAUUCAAUUUCUGAAUACGUUACAAAGGAGCAAUGCAACUUUUGUCCCGCUCCAGUUCCAUUUGAAUCUCCGGAAGGUGGUUUAUGUGGUGGUUCAAAGAACAGCAAAGGAGUAAAUGAUCGCCACAAGCUAUCACGCUGUGCUGCUUCAAUGCAGGUUUGUCCAACCACUCCACUGUGGUUGUGUGUUUGUUGUUAUAGGUGGGUUUGGAAACUACCACCUCAAACUUUAUUUACAAUGCGUGCAUGCUCUUCAGGUCUGAAUUCUCUAAAGGAAGCAGAAGUAUCUUCAAAACCCUUCUGCCCCUUUUGUGGGAUUUUAUUGCAAAGACUGCAACCUGAGUUUUUACUCUCACCAUCCCCUGUGUAAACUAUAUUGUAUUUAUACGUAGUUCUGUCCUAUAACCCUAUUUAAUAAAUUAAAAAUUGGG